CCUCCUUUCGGGCAGCGCGGAGGCCGUGAGAGUCCGGGAGCGCUCCGGAUUACAAGAAGAGGAAGCGCAGUUAGAGGGGCCCGAAGAGCCACGGCCGUCGCUAUGGGGCUGGAGGCGGCGCGCGAGCUGGACUGCGCGGCGCUGGGCGCGCUGCUGCGGGAGCCGCGGGAGGCCGAGCGCACGCUGCUGCUCGACUGUCGCCCCUUCCUGGCCUUCUGUCGGCACCAUGUGCGCCACGCGCGGCCCGUGCCCUGGAACGCGCUGCUGCGGCGCCGAGCGCGGGGCCCGCCCGCCGCCGCCCUCGCCUGCCUGCUGCCCGACCGUGCGCUGCGGGCGCGCCUGGCCCGCGGGGAGCUGGCGCGGGCCGUGGUGCUGGACGAGGGCAGCGCCUCGGUGGCCGCGCUCCCGCCCGACGGCCCGGCACACGCGCUGCUCUCCGCGCUGCUGCCCGAGACCCGCGCGGGGCCCACGGCCGUCUGCUUCCUGCGAGGCGGCUUCGACGGCUUCCAGGCCUGCUGCCCCGAUCUGUGCUCCGAGUCCCCCGCCUCGGCCAUGUCGCCUGUUGGGGCCGAGAACAGCCGUUCUGACGCCAGGGCUCCCUUUUACGACCAGGGCGGCCCCGUGGAGAUCUUACCCUACCUGUUCCUGGGCAGCUGCAGCCACUCCUCCGACCUGCAGGGGCUGCAGGCUUGUGGCAUCACAGCUGUCCUCAACGUCUCCGCCAGCUGCCCCAACCACUUUGAGGGCCUUUUCCGCUACAAGAGCAUCCCGGUGGAGGACAACCAGAUGGUGGAGAUCAGUGCCUGGUUCCAGGAGGCCAUCAGCUUCAUUGACUCGGUGAAGAACGCUGGAGGCCGGGUACUCGUACACUGCCAGGCGGGCGUCUCACGCUCCGCCACCAUCUGCCUGGCUUACCUGAUCCAGAGCCGCCGCGUGAGGCUGGACGAGGCCUUCGACUUUGUUAAGCAACGCCGGGGAGUCAUCUCCCCCAACUUCAGUUUCAUGGGGCAGCUGCUACAGUUUGAGACGCAGGUGCUAUGUCACUGAGGCAGGGCCGCACCUUGCUGGCUCCCCCAGGGCCACCGGGUCCCUCCGUUCAGGGAAAGCUGCCCCUUCCCUGGAAUUCGAAAAGCCCCCAGCUGGUGGUGCUGGGAAUGUGGGAAUGCUGGACUUUCUCACCUGGUGCUCUUCUGCUAGGUUUGAGGGCUGGCCCUCAUCCCGAGGGACCAGAAUGGAGGGUGUGUCUGCUUCCCCUCGCCCCUCCGUCUUCUGGCAGAAACUGACUGGACUCUACACCCAUGGAUUCCCACUGGUCCCACCACCGUGUUGGAGCCCUUGGCAGCCCGAGAGCUCUAAGGGAACAAGCUGUGACAAUCAGGAGCCCCGUCUGCAGGGGCGGGGAGGGGGGGGGUUCCACUACAGGCCUGGAGUCUGAGCCCUGAGCUCCUGGGGAGCUGGGUGUCGGGGAAGUGACGCGUCUGGGGCGUCCGGACCUCUGUGCUUGCGUGUGCGCACGUGUGUAUGUGUGUGAGUGUUUCACGCCUGUACUGGCCAGGCGCUGGAAAAUUAUUUGUGUUCAGCUGACAUUUAACACUCCCUCCCCCACUUCCUCCCGGCCCUGUGGGCGGGGGUUGGAAACUUAGCACUUUAUAUUUAUACGGAACAUUGAGGAUGCGUCAAUAAAAUAUUGUUUUGUUUAAAAAACAACUUCUCAAGCGUCGGUCUCAAGUCAGUGCCUGGGAAAAUGCUCGGACGCUGUUUCAUCAGACCUCACCUUUCCUCGUGCCGGCAGUAUCCAAGAAGUGGAAGGAAGAAGGUGCUGGUGGGGGGGCCUCACCUGCAGGAGGAGCCCCUCGGCCCUGCCCCCCACCUCCGUCCCCCCGUGUGGGUGUCCUGGCCCAGCUCUGUCUGUCUCCAGAGCUGAAGGAGGCAGUUUCAGGGAGACGGUCUCCAACCUUAUUCCUGUGACUGGCUUUGGACCCUGUGGGGAAAAGGCCAUGUGUCCAUGGCUCGGGCCCCACUUCCUUUUUGGAACGUGGGUGCAUAUGUACGUGUGCGGGUCUAUGUAUGUGGCUGCUGCCACGGGUGUGGAUGUCUGUUCUCGGCUCGCACACACCUACAUGCCGUGUGUACUUGAACGUAUCUGUGUGUGUGCCCACACGUGUGGCUCUUCCCGUGGCCAUACGCACGUGUGUGUGCUAGGCCGGGCCCCCUUUUCCCUACAGGAGGGCAGCACAGCCUCUCUCACCUCUUCUCUCACACACCCGGGCCGGGCCCCCAAGCCUCGGAAUGCCCGUUUGUGCCGGGGCUCCCGGAAGCCCCUGUUCCAGAGUUCCUUCUUGUCCCCAGAAGUCAUGUGGCCCGGGGUCUGGUGUGGAGAACACGUCACCAGGCAUGGGCUUGGUUGUUCUUUCCACCCACUCAAGUAGCAUGCCUUGACCGAAUAUUGGUUACUUGCCUGGUUUGAGACUACGCUGUCUGGGGAGGCAUGAGUCGUGGGCCCAGGCCAAGCCAGAAGUGGAGGGGUGCAUGCUGGGGCGGCCGGAAACGGGUACUGUGAUUUGCCAGAGGGCAGGGGUGCUGAGGCCCUUGAGGACAGCUCUUGGACAGCUCACCCUGUGUCAUUCAGCCUCCGCUCUGAUGCUCCUGGCCGCUUGGAGUGUCAUCUAACUCUGCCUUUCCAAACUCAGCUCAAGGGUCAUCCCCGCGGAGUGCUGGCUCUUCCUUAGGAAAUUCUGAGCGCCUGGCAGGGUGCACCUGAGGGGUGUAGUUUGAUGGUUAGGGAGCCAGCUUUGCUCGCUGUAUUUCAGUUCCCUUAUCUGUAAAGUGGGGUUUUAUUAGGAGCCCCUGGCAGUUAGGGUGGUCUUGAGAAUGACACAAGUCAAUCCGUUUAAGGGGCUUAGCCCAGCACCUGCACAUAGUAGGUGCUCAGGACACGUUAGUGGAUGGUCGGUGAAGGUUUUCGGGCGUGCGGGUGUGAAGGUAUGCGUCUCCACUGGGCUGGAUGCUCAUGAGGGCAGGGCCUGUGGUCUGCUCUGCCCUCUGUGCCCGGGGUCUGGCACACGUGGGCACUCGUUCCACAAGGCCGGGUGAAGGACGAACAGCCCGCCCCCAGCGCCUUGCUCCCUCGGCCGUCUAGGGGUGGGUGAGAGCUGGGCAGAGCCGGGCUUACUAUCCGGGCUUCCUUAGGUCCUGAGUGGGGCUUCC